CCGGGGAACACUCCUUUUGUCCUUGAAAAAGGAAAUGAUCCGUUAUCGGCGCGUUUUGCUUCCGUGCGGAGGCUUUUCGUGCCCUGCCCUGAUGUACACCAACGCACACGAGGUGGCAACCAGGUCAGAAAUGCUGACCAGCCAGAACCCCAGCAGCGUUGGAAAGGGUGCAGGCGACACGGAAAACACCAAAAUGCAGAGGCGGUGUACACGUGUUGGUUUUUCUCAAGCAACCCGAGCCGCGAGGAGGUUGUGCUGCAAAUAAACCAGAAUGGAACAAUGCCGUUAAGCGCAGAGACAAUGAGCCAUUGUGCACUGCCAGCCCGAGAUGGUCCUUACGUCGUAGGUGAUCGGCGA